AUGGCCGAUCUUCGGCGCGACCAAGAGAGGUUUCGCCACGCAGACAAGGCGCCAGGAGAGCGGGGGGGACGUGGCCCAGAGGAGGUCCCCUCAUCAGAGGAGUUAGAAGAGGAGAAGAAAAAGAAAAAAGAAAAGAGCAAGAAGAAGAAAAAGAAGGCACUCAAGUUGGAGCCCCGCAAGGAGCUCAAAGCGGUUUUCGGAGCCACCGGGGCAGACCCCGAUCCGGCCAUCAGGAGACGAGUGAGGAAGAGGGCCGCUCGACUGGCCCGCCGGAAGACAAAAGAGUCUCGGGGGGAGUCCACAGACUCCUCGGAGAGCUCCAGUGGGAUCUCCACCGACAAGGCGAUCUUUGGAAAUUCAAGCAAGGUGCAGACUAUCGGCCGGAAGCUCCCAGGAGCUCUCCUGACCACCGCCUUGGAAGAGGCGGAAGAGGCGGCGGAAGCGCUCCUCUCCCAAGAAGGCGGAGUCAUAGACAUCGAAGAGGGCGUCCUCCCCCCCAUCUUCACCAAGUAUUUCAGACAGAACCUAGCGAGCAAGAUGAGCCCUGCGAUGGGGCGAGAAUCACAAACGUUGGCACAGAUGCUCGACCUGGGUCUGAGAGGACGGGUGGUGGAAGCCUUCGACAUGGCAGCCCAGCGCCUAAAGGCGUUAGAAAUGCAGUCCGCUGGCGUGCAUUACUCGGUGGCACAGCAAGCCGAGUUGCUACCGAAGGAGACGGCCAGUAUGUCGACGACAACAGAGUUUCAGAAGAGAGCCAGGGAAGAAGGCAGGGCACGCUGGGAUGCCAGUCACCCGUUCGGUGCAAGAGGAGCCGGGGCCAAUCGGCAGGAGGAUUGGACAAAAGGAGGAGGCAAGAAGGGAGCGCCGAAAGGCAAAGGAGGAAAGCCCGAAGGCAAGCGGGGCGAUCAGAAGAAAGGGGACGGCGAGAAGGAUGAGCAUGCAUCUGCAGCGGCUGAGCGGGCAGAGAGUGAGCCGAUAGUAGAGUCCCUCCAGAAAUACCUUUGGGUUCGACGCAAGACCAUGACCACGGCAAAGGAAUUUUUAUUUCCAUGGCCCCUGGGGGACUAUCCAGAGGUUCACUCAGCAAAACGGCCUUGGUUGGAAGCAGUGCUCAUGGGAUUGAACUCCCUGUACGGAGCUAGCCUGACUUCGUCACGGCCGCCUACGGUGGAACAAAAGAGGGUUGCAUCCUUUAUUGUGAAGAGUUUGGAGCUUUUUUGGAGUUGGGAAGAGAAGAUACCAGCUAGUACUUUCAAGGAUCUAUUUCGUGUCAAGGGGGUGGACUAUCGGGGAGAAGAAAUCAAGUUGGCCCGUUAUUUCAACUGGCCUUGCAUGGCUGCUGCCUUCCCUGAAGAAGUAGGAAGUUUGCCUAUUGAAGAGUUCUGUUCUGGGGGAUGCUUGUCUUAUAUCCAUGACUUUGAACAAUUCCUGAUUCCUGAGGACCAGAAGUAUUUGGGGCGGGCGCCUCGCACGAUGGUCGAAGACAGCGACUGGGCCGAGGUCUGCGCGGGGCUUCUGCGGGUAGGCAUCUGCAGUGUUCUCCCCCAAAGUGCUCUUUAUCAUGUGGGGGGCCGCCCCCUGCUGAACGGUUUAUUUGCAGUGAGUAAAAAUGAAGUCAAGGAUGGACUGGAACUUCAUCGUCUCAUCAUGAAUAUGGUGAAUGUGGUCAAAGCAGGGUGUCACCGGGUCCUAGCUCCUGGUGGUGGGGAGCAAGAAAUUCGUCGGGACCGACACCUGCCGGUUAGUAAGAACCUGUUCCGGGUCCACUUGGACAACUGGGAUCAGAUUUGCAAAGUGGAUCGUGCUCUUGCUGCGGACAUUUUGGGCCAACCUUCAAAUCUGCAAGUAGCCAUGCGGGAAGAAUACGACUCCCGUCUCCUGCCGAGACACCCGAAAAAAGCCGUAGAAGGUUCUCUUUGUGCUGAGGUUCAAGGGGCUCUCAUCAACGGGGAUGCUGCAGUAGCUACUGCAAAGCCGGACAAGAUCAUGAAAUACAUGGGGCUAGCUUGGGAGUUGGUCCAACGUGGAGCUGCUACUCAGAGGGAACUUCAGGUGAUAGCGGGGGGUCUGGUAUACAUUACCAUGUUCCGCAGGCAGCUACUAUGUAGCUUGAAUGCCAUCUGGCGGCUCAUUGAAGAAAUGUCUGCCGAACCCCCUGUGGUACGUUGGCGCCUACCUCGAGAGGUAAAGGGAGAGGUGAUAAGGUUCCUCUCCUUAAUCCCCCUGGCAUAUAUGGACUUUCGGUUGCCAAUGGCUACCCAGGUCACCGCGAGCGAUGCUUCCAUGACAGGUGGCGGGAUCUGUGCCUCAGCUGGGUUGACGGCUUUUGGACAGGUAGCUCAAACAGCCUUGUUGAGAGGGGACGUGAGCGAACCCUUCGAGGUGGUCGAGGUCUUGACAGUGGGGCUCUUUGAUGGUAUUGGCGCCCUCCGGGUGGCUGCAGAAAUGCUCCACCUGCCGGUAGCGGCCCACAUCAGUGUGGAUGCAGCCGCCAAUCGCGUGGUGGAGAGUGCGUUCCCCGGGACGCUGCAUGUGGCUUCCAUUCAGGAGCUAACUGCCUCCACCGCUCAAGAGUGGGCGUGUUCCUUCAGCUCCGUCGGACUGGUGUCGGACCGCCUUGUCAAGAUGUCAGUUUGGGUCUUUGUCGAAAGCGUGGCUUCAAUGGACGUCUCUGAUCGAGCAGCCAUGUCUCAAGAUCUAGGUAUGACUCCCUAUCAAGUAGACUCUGCGGGGGUUAGCCUGGCACGGCGGCCACGCUUGUACUGGUUCGGCUGGGAGCUUACUACAGAGCCGGGGUUGACGGUGUUGGAGGUGUAUGGCACUGCGUGGGAAACCGUUACACCUGUUGAGCUUGUGGCUGAAUUUGAGCCCAAGGAUUUCCUGGAAGCAGGCCGUCGGCCGGCGGGGCUGCGCAGCUGCGAUGAAACCACGUUGGCCAGAUGGCAAGAAGACAAACACCGAUUUCCGCCAUACCAAUACAGACCAGAGUACUGCGUGCAUAACCGUCAUGGACAGGUGCGUGUUGCUAGCAUUGUGGAGCGCGAAACCAUCCUUGGGUUCCCGGCCAACUACACAGAGCAUUGUCUCCCGAAAGCCCACCGGCAGGGAGAAACAUGGACUGAUUUGCGGAAGACUUUGUUGGGAAACACCUGGUCUGUCCCCGUGGUCGCAUGUCUCUUGAAGUCACUCUUCGAGCGGCUGGGGGUGUGUCCGCAUGCCUCGGUGCAGGACCUUGUCCAACGCUGCGCGCCAGGCAAGGGAGUGCGUCUGCAGACCCUCCUUCAGCGGCCGCCCCUGCGACGGGAUACAACGGCAACCUUCCCAGAUACCGGGCUCUCUCGGCGUCUGGCCAUGCUGGUCUCGGUCAAGGGGGAAGACGUCAUGCUUCAAGGGGGCACAGAGCCCCUGGUCAAACACCAGCGGUUACGACAAACAGUACCUAACCGAUUAUGGAAAUGGCGGGAGAUAGCCGGCUGGAAAUGGCAAUCUCCUGGUGAGCACAUAAACCAGCUGGAAAUGCGGGCUACGCUUACUACAAUUCGUUGGGUUCUACAAAAGUGUAAGACUUGGGGGUGUCGGGUGAUACACCUGACUGAUAGUCUGGUCUGUCUCCAUGCCCUCAGUAGAGAGCGCAGCUCUAGUCGAAAACUGAGACGGACAAUUAUGCGGAUCAAUGCGCUCUUGCUAUAG